CGCGCAUUUCAAGUCACGGCAUUAAUUCAGUGUCGAGCGUUCGCUGGCGUUGAGGGUCCGAAUAUUCCAAGAUCAGCUCGGGAUUUAACUGCAUCCGAGAUGAGGGCGGCUGUCUUUGUCUGUCUGCUGCUGGGAUGGGUGGGCGUGGCUGCGCCAGGGCGUCUGCGUGGACCGCAAGCUGACCGACUGGCAAUCACCCUGUACUACGAGGCAUUGUGUCCCUACUGCAGGGAUUUCGUGACCAGCCAACUCGAGCCUUCGAUGGUCCGCCAGGAUCGACUGCCGUUCACUGAACUCACGCUGAUACCUUAUGGAAAUGCCAGGACAGACGAUGGCGGUAGUGUGCAGUGCCAGCACGGAGUGAUGGAGUGCGAGCUGAACGCCUGGCACGCCUGCGUACUGGAGCACCAUGACAUUGCCGAGUCCCUCAAGCUGAUCGCCUGCAUGAUGAGGGGCAAGAAGAACCGGCUGGAGACUUGCGCGGACCACUAUCACAUCGACGUGGGCGAUGUCGAAAAGUGCAAAGCAUCGCGACAGGUGAACGACAUUCUGAGGAAGUACGGCGAGGAAACUGCCAAAGUCUCAUUUACGGGUGUGCCAGCCAUAGCUGUGGACCACGUUUAUAACCGUGAUCUAUCUGCUAACUUAACAGAUCAUUUUGAUGCAAUUUUUUGCGCCAAGUAUAAGGAAAAGUUCAACAAGCAGCUAAACAAUUGUCCAUAAAUAUGGUUCUAAUUUUGCAAUAAAAUUGUCCUUACAACACAUACA